UUAGCUAUUCGUGCUAUUGAGGAGGAAUCGCUCAGGAGCAAAGCUCUAGAACGAAUUAUAAAGAGUGUGAUUAGUCGCUUUGAACCAGAAGAAGAGGAAGUACUGGAACUGGUCGCAAAAUGAACAGCGAGUUUGUAACGGUUCUGUUUCUGGUAAUAUUCGCCUCUCGGCAAGUCUCUGCUUUUGACGGGGUAAAUGGAAAUAAUUUUGAUUUCCAAAUGAAAGGGAAUCUUGCCGAAGAAAACGACAAUGGUAUUGAGGAUAUUGGGACAAGAGUAGAGAGGGAGAGAAACAGAGACUUUUACGCUGAUGAUUUAGAAAACAGUGAUGAAGAUCUAUUUUUUUCCAAAGACGAUGAUGAACUCAAGAAAAGCAUUGAUUAUAGUGACUGGGAGGCAGCUAACAAGUUCACUGAGAUCAACGAUGAAUUAGGAAAAGAAGCUGAUGAGGAGGAAAAGGACGAAAACAAAGAAAAAGAAGAAGAGGAAAAAGAAAAGGAGAAAGGAAUCCUGAGAAGGUUGUUCGAAAAGUUUAAAAACUGGAUUCAUAAAGUUGGCAAAUGAGAACGAUUGCAAGACAAGGUAAUUGCUGAACUUGACUUGCGAGUUUUUUCAGCGCUUGAAAACUGACUUGGGUCUGAGAUAAUAAAUCUAUUCAUCAUCUCUGCUAUAGAAGAAGGAUAUACCUAAAAAUACAUAUUUAAGGGGGGUUAUGAAGUUUUCUAUGAGCAUAUCUUGCAAAAGGCCCUAAAGGAAACGCAGUUACGUACAAAAACUCUGUAAACAUUAAGUGCAGUGAGCUAGAUACAAGAGAUUUUUCGCUAACAUAUUUCAACACAUAUGAUAAAAUUUAAAUGUUUAAGAUGCCUAAUCUUUUUCAAACCUUUUCAGUAUCGACGGUUUCAUUUUUAUCUGCCUUGACCAAACUGACAGACCGAGUCGUUUCUGCGAAUUUUUUAGUACGGAUUACUAAAAAUAUCAAAAAGGAAAACUUGAUAAAAAAAAAGUGAAAGUCAACCUGAAAUUGUAUGCUCUACGCGUCUGAACUGUAACAAAAGGAGCAAUUCCCUUCAUAAACUAAAACAAUCUGAGAUGUGAUGCGGCUUUCGGGGCCACAUCAUAAAUUUCAGGUUCGAGUCAUUUCCGAACAAAGUCCUUUAUGAACUCAUUUCCUUGUUUAUCUUCUGAAAGCUGGAUUAAAAAUUCAGGAAAAUGAGAUGAAUUCAACAUUGUUCUGUAUUUCUAAACUUUAUUUAAUAAACGACUAAAUUAUACUUUAAAAUACAAAUAAUUAAUAAAAGCCACGUAGUUAACGCGAACUGAAA